UUCAUUCCUUCUCUAGUUUCUACAUUCACAUUCAUCAACCAUGUCUUCACCAACCACCACCAUUGCAACCACCUUCACCAUCCUCUUCAUCAUCCUUCUCACACCAACGCUCUCCCUCAACACCACCUUCUCCUUCCCCUCCUUCCCCCUCCGCAACAUCACCCUCCUCGGCGACUCCUUCCUCCGCAACGGCCUCGUCGGACUCACCCGCGCCACCCCCGUCCCCGCCUCCUCCUCCGGCACCCUCCUCUACAACCACCCCUUCCCCACCACCACCACCACCACCCCUUCCUCCCUCUCCACCACCUUCUCCUUCUCCAUCACCAACACCACCUCCUCCACCUCCUCCUCCACCCUCACCUUCUUCCUCAACUCCUCCCACUCCCUCUCCCUCCUCUUCCACCCCUCCCCAACCCUCCUCUCUCUCCAACUCUCCACCUCCAACACCACCACACAAUCCACCCUUCACCUCAUCACUCCCAACCCCAUAAUCACCUCAUGGCUUCUCUACAAUUCCCACAACAAAAAACUCUAUGUCUACUUAAACUACUCAUCAUCAUCAUCAUCAUCAUCAUCAUCAACCUCCUCCAAGCCUCAAAACCCUUCCUUGGCCGUUGACCUUGACCUUGAUCACUACUUCAACGACAGCCUCUACGUGGGGUUCUCCGCUUCCACGCUAGGAAGCACCGACCUUGUCCAACUCAUGACUUGGAGCUUCGAGUUUCAAUCUUUUGAGAAACCUGAUUUCAUCAACUUGCACCCCCACAACGGUUCUUUGAGCCCCUCGACUUUUGUUGCUUCCAGCUCCACCGAGGGUAACCGUGGCAAGAGGUUUGUGAUUGGUCUUGGUGUUGGUGUUGUGGUUCCUGCUUUCUUCUGCUUGGUGCUUGUGGUUUUGGGCUAUGUUUCUUUCCAAAAGUGGCGUGGUGUGAGGAGGCGCAAGGGUUUUGCUUUGGGGGCUCCGGGGUGUUGUCCCAAGGAGUUUGGUUACAAGGAGGUGAAGUUGGCCACUAAGGGGUUUCAUGCUUCCAGGGUCAUUGGGAAGGGUUCGUUUGGGACGGUCUACAAGGCUUUGUUUGAGGCUUCUGGGACCGUUGCUGCGGUUAAAAGGUCAAGGCAAUAUGAAGGGCGAACUGAGUUCCUGGCUGAGCUUUCUGUUAUAGCAGGUUUGAGGCACAAGAAUUUGGUUCAGCUUUUAGGAUGGUGUGUUGAAAAGGGUGAGUUGUUGCUUGUGUAUGAGUUCAUGCCCAAUGGGAGCCUGGACAAGGUGCUUUACCAAGAAUGUGAAGGUGGGAGUGGGACUAAUAAUAACAAUGUGUUGAGUUGGUUUCAUAGGGUGAACAUUGCUGUUGGCUUGGCCUCUGUUUUGAGUUACUUGCAUCAAGAGUGUGAGCAAAGGGUAAUUCAUAGGGACAUUAAGGCUGGUAACAUAUUGCUAGAUGGAAGCAUGAACCCUAGGUUGGGGGAUUUUGGCUUGGCCAAGCUUAUGGACCAUGACAAGAGUCCUGUUUCAACACUAACUGCAGGCACAAUGGGGUACCUUGCUCCUGAGUAUCUCCAAUGUGGUGUGGCAAAUGAGAAGACUGAUGUUUUCAGCUAUGGGGUGGUGAUCCUUGAAGUGGCAUGUGGUAGGAGGCCAAUUGAGAAAGAGGGGCAGAAGAUGGUGAAUUUGGUGGAUUGGGUUUGGGGUUUGCACUCUCAAGGGAGGAUCAUUGAGGCUGCUGAUAGGAGGUUGAAUGGGGAGUUCAAGGAAGGGGAAAUGAGGAAGCUUUUGCUUUUGGGGCUCAGUUGUGCUAACCCUGAUAGUGCUCAAAGGCCUUCCAUGAGAAGGGUGUUGCAGAUUCUCAACAAUGAUCAAGGAGUGUCUCUUGUGGUGCCUAAAGUGAAACCAACACUUACUUUUUCCACUUCCCUGCCUUUGAGUCUUGAUGAGAUUGUCUCAGAUGCUGAUGAGGAAGAGGUCUGUCCUGGCCAGGUUGUGUGUGAGAUCAAAAUUGAUUGAAUUAGUUAGAUGCUGAAUUUGUUAUUCAUUUGAUUCUUUAGUUCUUUCUGGACAUUUGGUGUUCUAGUUUGACAUAUAGGGAAAUCCAUGGUUCAUUGACUGGAGUUCAAGCUAUUACAUUGAACUUCAUUGUGCCAAUAAUGUAUUCAAGACAUAUAAAGCUUAGUGGUUAGUUAGUAUAUACUAUAUACCAAAAUCCACUUUGUUUCUGGUCAUAUUAUAUCUUUCUCAAGUUUGCUUUGCAUAACAAUCACUCUAGUGAUAUUCACAGUAUCGUGAGUGAAGUUAGACUGUGACCCAAUAGGUUGGAGAUAAGUACAUAACUAUAGUAGGAAAAAACAAUUGUAUUCAGCACUUUCGAGUGAGAUAUUUUCUCUCUCUAAGUUUUAUGUGUAGUUAAUUAUUUUGGUGACU